AGACGUUCUGGCAAGGCCAUGUUAGAAUGAAAACAAACCGAAGAGUUUUACAGGACUUGUUAUUUUUUUUGAAUGAUGUCGCAUCUUACAGCUAGUUUUGUGAUUAUUGCUUUACACACCUUUCAAUAUGGGUAUACAAAGCAAUGCAAAUUUAUACCGCCAUGUACGUGUUCAACAAGCGACUUUGAUAUCAAUUUAGAGCCAUUAAUGCUGUUCCGAAAGGAGUAAGUUCUAUUUAAUUUAUCAAUAAAAAAAAAAAGUGUCGGUUCAGUGUCAGUCAUGUGAUGAGGUUGACUGGACUGUAGACGUAAUUUAUUGUUUACAGUUACAGUCAUGUCUUUCAAAUUAUUUGUAUUUAUUUACUUAUCAUAUUUAUACUACCCCCAUUUGCUUUUGUAUAUGUGGAUAUUUUUUUCUGUAAUCCUUGUCAUAAUCCUUGUGCGCUGCACAGUUCACUGCCAAAAUAGUAAAUAAGUCCCAAGCCCAAAUGCAAAUUUUGAACAAAAAAGCUUUAUUUUUAUUUUUAGCCAGUUUUUAAAAAAACAAUUUUAAAAUUUUAGAUAAAAACCUUUAAUUGUACAUUUUAUGAUUACACUGGUCAACAGAAAUGUGCCUUAAGUGUUAGCCUUGUUUCUAACGGUAUGAAAAAGAAAAAAAAGAAAAAAGUAAAUGUUACUUAGUAGGCAGAAUCAUUUUAAGCAACAUUGAUGUGUUGCAACUGCUUGUCUUGUCCCAUCCUUACAUUUCAGCUCAUAUAAAAAUUGACAAAAGGCUUUUGUAAAGGGAAGGGUGUAGACAAGAACAAAAGGCACAAAUUUGCAAGGGUUUCUAUUGCUUGAAGAUAAGCCACUCAGUAUUGAUUCGAAUGUUUGUCAGUUACAAUAGCUCACUUUAAGACUGUUGUAGUGAACGGUGCUGAGAUCCAAUGCGCAUCUUGUAUCCGGGCCAGGGCCUUGCAAAGGAAUGAUAGGAUACCUUUUUCAACCAUAUCUGAAAAACUAGAGCUAGGGCCACUAGGGGUUUUCAGAUGCAGUGUCCCAAAUACCCAUAGGAACAAGCUUUAAAUCCGAGGCACCAAGAAAAACAUUUAUUUGUGUUCAUUUUUUUGUUGUCAUUUGGCUGUCUUCUAGAUCAGUGUUUCUGAAACUUUUGAGUUUGACCGACCCGUGGAUAAUUUCUCUCUUCAGCAGGGACAAGUUUAUCUUUUUCUUUGACCCUAAGUAUGUCAUGAAAUAUUUUUUAAUACGCAAUCAGCCAAUGCGAAAGGACUCAAUAAAUAAUGAUCAAUUAAUGCUGGCUGUUAUAAUAUUUUUUCUCAUGGUUGUUAAACUUUAUAUAACUUUUAUCCAGGUCCUUGUCUCAUGUUGCCCAGAUCAGCAACAUAAGGCUCGCGGAGGGUUUCCGGUCUGUGGACCACCAGUUUAGGAAAAACUGUUCUAGCAUCUCUAUCAACAUUUUACAUCUUUAAAUUUUUCCUUAGCGCACCUUUCCAAGUCUCUACUGAUCAAGGCUAUACAUAUUAUGUCCAUCCUUGCAACAAGCCUGUUCAAGAGUCCUCAUGUCGAAAUUUAAGUCCCUUGGCAACUGUAAGUUAACUCUAGAUUAUAUGUUAAAAUGAUAUCACAUACAAAGUCCAGGUAAAACAAUAUUUUAUUAACCCUCUUGAGACGGAGAUUUUUUUGUGUUAUUUUUAUUGUCUCUGUCAAGAAGACAGAGUGCUUUUCACAAGCCCUGCACUUGCUUUGCAAAAAAACUUUUAAAAAAUACACUAAUUACUUUGCAAAUAUAAAACUAUAUAUAUUCUUGUAGAGAAGUGAUUGAACUAAUGCGAUCUUUAUGAAUCAAACUGAAGUCUCAAAAUUUAUGCAAAUGAAUAAACAUGUCUUAAUUGCAAAAUUUUGUUGAAUUUUCUGAUUUUUGAAGCCUAAAUAAAUCAAAAAGAACAUUUGAAUGAGAUUCAAUUUGAAAAACUGCAUAAAAUAUUCCACUGGAAGUGCUAAUGCAUCGUGCCAUUUUACAAGGUAACAUUUUUUAAGCAUUUAUAGAGGUCACUCUGUACCAAAAAAAUCGCUAUAAAAUGACAGAACACUGUAAACUAUCAAUGGAAGCCGUCAUUAGAAGGGUACUAUGAGCAAGAAAUCGGAGAAAUAAUCUGAUUAGCUGGUACAAAGACCAGCCAGUCAAUCUCGAGGCUUGUAUUAUUUGGCAGGUAGAUUGUCAUUUCUUUUUUGCAAUUGACUCUUGUGCAGAUAGAUUGGCCCAGCCAUCUCAAGAGGGUUAAAAUUAUAUUUUGGACAAAUUCAUAUUUCUUGCAUGUUGAAAAUAAGGGUCUUCAAUAAAACAAAGGCUAGUCUAAAUUAGAGUAAAUAAAUUCUUGGUUUGAUGCAUAGUUGACAAAUUUUAAUAGACACUCACCAAGUCUUCAUCUUCAUGGCUUACCUAUCAAGAUCUUCAUGGCUCACCUAUCAACAUCUUCAUAGCUGACCUAUCUUCAUUGCUUACCUAUCAACAUCUUUAUAGAUUAUCUAUCAUCUUCAUGGCUUACCUAUUAACAUCUUCAUGACUUACCUAUCAACAUCUUCAGGGCUUACCUAGCAACAUUUAAAAUUUUAAGGUACUUAUUAAUCCUUUUUUUUUCUUAUUAAAUCUUAUUUCCAUUAAAUAAAGGAGACUGGAGCAGUGCUGUCCAACCUUUUUGACUCCUUGGGGCUAAAUUUUUUUUUCAUGAAGCAGAGAGCUGCAAAUGACAUCUCAAAAGAAAUUUUUAUUUUUUACCUUUAGAAAAUUAUUCAAUUUAUUAAUAGUUCUUACUUUAUGCUUAAAGAAUCCAUUUGCAGUAUCAUCUCAAUGAAUAAAAACUGUAGCAUAUCUUUAAUGCCAUAUUUGGCUUUGACUUGAACUUGCAAUCUUAAUUUGCGGCUGGUAUUCAUAAACUGCUGCCCUUAUUAGGUUUACUAAAUGUUUGUCAGUCAAAAUAUUUCGUUUUUUGUACUUGAUGUUGGUCAUUACACAGAAUCCAGCUUGACAGGCGUUGGUGCUUCCAAACAUCAUCAGUAUUUUUUUACAUUUCGAUAGUUGUGGAAAUUCAUCUGAAGAAACAUAAUGUCAUCCAGAUUUCAGUUGGCAACGCAUUCUUAUGUUUUUCACGAAGAGUCAUGUUAUGCUGAACCUUGUUGAUUUCAAGCUCCACUGCACCUUCAUCUGCUCUUAGUAAUGUCAUCUUUGUGGCUUCAAUGGAGAUAUCACAUAUUAAGGCAUUUUCAACAAAAAUUAAAUAGAUUGAAUCGCUCACUUGUGAUCAGCUCUGGAAGUUGUUUUGCAGCCUUUGCAAGGGCUGGGAAGCGAGUAAAAUUUGACUGAUUGAUUUGAGUAAUAAAUAAGUCCAGCUUAGAUUUGAAAGCACUAGUUUCUUUUAUCAGCAUUGGUAACAUUUGAAAAUGCCCUUGCAAUUUUGAAUUUAAUUUAUUAAGGUGAUAAGUGAUACCAGUUAGAAAUGCUAGCCUUACAAUAAACUCAGGCAUUUCCAUUUAAUUUAACAAAUCACCCUUUGCUUUGGACCUGAGAAACAGUUUCACUUCUUCAAUAAGAUCCCAGAAUCUUGCCAGCACUUUCCCUUUGCUCAGCCAACAAACGUCAAUAUGAAGAACAAAAAUCCCCAAAAUUUCCUCCCUAUUCUUCUAACAAAGUCUUAAACUUAAAUUGUCUGUUGUUUAAGGGAUUAGCUUGAAUGAAAUUAACAAUUUUUUUCUACACUAUCCAUAACAUUUUGCAUUGUAUCAUCUUUCAUCUUUGAGCAAAGAGAUUGCUGUUGAAUUAUACAGUAAUACAUUUGAUCGUCUGGAAAAUCGCUUUUAAAUCAUUAAGCAACUGCUUAAAUAUAUCACCAGACAUACUUUCAACAUGUCUUGUAACAGGCUGGUGAGAAAGCUGAAGAUAAGAUAUUCGUUUAUUUUUUAAUUUCUUAUUUGUUUUUAAAUUCAGCGAAUAAUGAAUUUGCACUUUUUUAAAAACAAAGUUUAACAGUUUUACCAUCUGAAUAUGCUUUUUUUGCCUCUUAGCUAAUAUCCAGCUAAUAUUAAAAGAUGCUCAAAAUUAAUGAAAAGCAUUUCGCUCGGGGGGGGGGGUUGGAAGAGAAGAGGAGACUAAUUGGGAUUCUUGUGAAGUGCGUUACUUGAUUGAAUGUUAUAUAAAAUUUUCAGCCCCACCCCUCAAUGAUCCAUUAUAACAUUUUAUAAAGGAUUUAUAGGAAAUUUGUUUUUAGAGGUUGUUAACUAUAACCGAAAUAGAAGUCUGGCAUAUCAAACACACUGGCUUUUCAUUAAAUAAAACAAAAAUUCCAGUUCUCAUGAAGUGUUAAAAGUAUGGUUCUGUUCUGUAAAUUUCCAUUUUUUACUUGCCAGUUUGGCUUUAUCUUUUUAGAAAUAAAAAGUCUUUCUAGUAUCGUUUGUACUGUCUCAAAAUUUCUCCCUGAAUGAAUGGCACUAACUAAAAUACAGCUUUUGUCCUGGUUUCUACUCCUGGAAUUGAUCAUACAUUGAAUACCACAUACUAGUCUGAUUUUUAUCUAAAAAAUACAGGAUGGACAUACUGCACCCACCUGGACAGACAACCUAUUUCAUUUUAACUGGUUCAUUCUCCCCUCCAAUCAUUUCCACACCUUUAGUGACCCAGAUCUCACUUUAUUAACUCCUGUCUUAUCAUUGUCAUCCUAUAAAGCCCAGUACUUUUCAGUGGGUCAAAGCAGCAGAGAGGAGAAGAAUUAAAAUCCGAUUUUUAUGUCGCCCAAUGUUCCCACAUUUUUGAUCUGCUGAGGGGCUAAACAUAAAUUACUGCUAUCUGAAAAGUAUUCUUCUCUUUUUGCUACACCCCUUCUUAUUUGGAAUGCCACCAUCUCUGUGCUCUCAUGUGAUUUCCUAACAAUACUGAAUCAUUGAAUGUCCUUUGAUUUUUUUCCUUCUAAAUCUAAAUUUAAUUUUUUUUACAUAAAUGGUACAAAUGUCUUAAGUUCUGGCGGGCCAUUUAAAAUCAGUCCAUGCACUGUGGGUUGGACAGCACUGGAUUAGAGUUAAAACGCAAAAACGUCUUACUCAAAAAUAAAGUGUAUCAAACCUAAAGACGAUUUUGUAAUAUGAGUUGCCAUUUUUUAAACACAUUUUUCUCACAUUUCAGGCAUGUCAGGUUCUGCCUUUGCCUUCUGAUGGACCAUUUGGGUUGGGACAAAUAAAUGGCAAUGGAGUUUUUGGUGACCCAGCUGAGAAUUCUGUUACUUUUAAUAACUCAUACAGUUACAAUAGUGAUACAAAACCAAGGUAAGCUAAGCUUACAUACUUUCACAGAUGUUUAAUAAGAUGGUAAUUAAAUAUUUUCAAUGUGUUCAUAUGUUCUUAGUGAAACUUGGGACAAAUCAGAAUGAAAUGAUAAUAAGUAUAGAACAUAUAUAUUGUAAUUGUAGCCGAGUCUGCUAAUUGUCUUCUCAAUGGUCUGCUCCUCUGACAAGUUUCAUUGUCUAUGUCGGGUAAUUUUUCCUGGCUGUGCGAUGACUGAACACUGACAUGGUAUCCAUGGGUGGCUGAUCAAGAACACCAGACUCUGUCAGUUUUUUUAUUAUGGGGUUCUGAUGGUCUAAAUACAACUCACAUAGUCUAGUCCCGCUAAUCUCCUCAAAGGAAGGUUUUUGCCCAAUAAGUUGUAGGGGCAGACAUAAAAAUCAGCCAGUAAUUCUCAUAAUAUCUUCUGGCCAGUUGUACUAGUAAUUGUGUUCUAAAGCUGUGUUGUCAAAGAAAUUUAAUGCAGACACUGGCAUCAUUGAGUCCAUGGUAAUUUUUUUUUCUAAUAACAGUGUGGAGAAAAAUGUCCAAUCCAAGGUAAGUGUGAAGUUGCAACCCUAUGACAGUGGUGUGUUGAUUUAUGCAAAGAAGAGGCAGGAAACAGAUUGUAAGCUUGUAACCUCUUCUGGCUAUUUAAAUUGGCCAAUUAUAAACUUUUUUUAACAUUAAUCCGUUGGUUUUAAAACUUGUUACCACACAUUAAAAUAUCAUUGCUAAAAUUCUUUGAGACAUCACUGAAGUAUUUUUAAAACUUAUAGCUGAUUCAGUGAGUAUAUUCUUAUAAGUAAAUAGUUAUUAUUAUUAUUUGAUGAUGUAGGUGGAUUAUAUUAUAGGUGUCAUCUUACCAUGAAUGACCCAAUACUUUGAAGGCUAAAACCUACAACAUGUUUUACAAAGAUAUUUUAUCUUGCAACGCCUGUGAUCCUUCUACAAAACUGGUUGAAACGCACUGUGUUAAUAAAAUGGCAAAAAUUACAUUUUGUCCAUCACCCUCUUUCUCUUAUGAGAAAGAAAUAAAAAUCUUAUAUAAAAAAUUUCACUCCCAAGAUGUAAUAAUAGUAAUUAUAUUUUUGAAUAAAUAGCUUUUAUUUUAAAAAAACGGAGCUAUUAUUGUAGCCCAAUUUUUCUCUAAUUUAAUUGUAUCUUUUUACCAGGGCAAUAAAUUUAAAAGUGAUUUGCAGUUCAGAAGACAGUAGUUUUACAUUUGAAAGUGAAACAUCUCUUACAUAUGUAAGUUAACUAAGUCAUUAACAAAUUAUCCUUUUUAAAAAAAACAUUUAAGAUAAUUUUCUAAUGCACAGGUUCCUAAAAUGUUUAUUCUGCUUCUUCUUCUAUAUAUUAAGGGCCCACGAUCGAUUUAUUGAUCAUUCUGGCUCCUAUGCAUGUAGAGGGGAUUUGCAAUGUUUCUGUGCCUGGUGUUGAAGAGGAUAUUUCACUGGUUGCAAGGGCUACUCAGCAAGGGUAUAACUGGGGGUUGGAAGGCCUGAGCCAAUAGAUCCAAAUGUGUCAAGUGUUGUUGCCUCAACUCUUCCUUUUGAAAGCUUGUUCCAGUCCCUGAAUGUCUUUGGUAGGAAUGAGCCAUUCCUGUACUGGUUUCUUGCUGGUAUGAGCCAUAACUGUCUGUCAUGGCCUCAUCACUGUCUAUGGGGGAGAGGGACGAGUUUCUGUUUAAUGCUCCAUAAGACCCCAUGCACCAGGGAUAUUUAUUUACUGAAGCCUUCAAACAAUAGUGUGUUAGUAUUAAAAAAUGAGACAUAUUAGUGGAAGUUAAAAAUCAUUUUUCAUUGAAAAAAUUCUUUAUUCAGAUUAAAUAAUUUAAAAUCCUUAUUAAGGAAUCUGUUUUAUAUUUUGAAUUACAAUUAAAGAAUGUUCUAAAAUUGUUUUUGAUUAUGACAGUUUUGACUAAUCAUACUAAUUGGCCUUUCUCUGCUAUGAAGCAUACACUUUUAUCUCUUUUAAGCGGUUGAAAUUAGGGUGAAAAGCAAUAAGUUUAAAUUUAUGCUUGUCAAUAAUAAUUGGAUUAAUCUAACAAGCAAUGUGUCCAUGUUUUCUCAUCAAGCUUUUAGUUUUGAUGACUUAUGUAUAAGCAAACAAAAUUGUCUAAACUUGAAUUUAAUCAUUUAUUUUAUUCAUACAGAGUUUUAUGUUAAAGACACGUUUUGGAUGUGCACCAGCCCCUGCCCCAAGUAGUGGAGGUGGCCUUAGUGUUGGAUCUGUGCUGGUUAUAUUGUAUGCUAUCAUUUGAAUAUAUCACUGAUUUUUAGUUUUUUUUAUGCUCUAUAUAACUUAACAGUUAUGUUAAACUAAAACAAAUUUUCUGUUAAUUAACACAAAAAAAAAGGCAAUAACAUUGAGUUAAUUAGUUUUUGUUUUUUUUAAUCCAUCGAAGAAUAACUCUGCAUUUUGAAAUUUUCUAGCAUCAAACUAGUUUUAUAAACAGUUCUGCAGGCCUAGUUUUCAGUCAAUGUUUCCAUGAGGCCCAAAAGAAUAUCAUCUGGAAAUAUUCAGAAGUUGAUAUAAAUGUUUGGAAAUUAAGAUUCUAUGUGAUAUUUUGUAUUCAAAUGGGUUUUUAAAAACAUUUAAUCCCUUCAUUAAAUAAUAAUAAAGUUUAUUAGAAAAACACGAUACAUCCCCAAAAGCUCGAAGCACAGUACAAAGUCAACUCACAUUAUAAAGAGAAAUAAAAACAAUCUAAAAUUUACCACAUUUAAAAAAACAGACGCAACAAUAUAAAACUACAUACGAGCAUACCAAGUCAAAGUCUUUCAUCCCGUUUCAAUCAUAAGCAACACAGGCAUUAAAUUUUAAUAACAUCAUUAAAUAUUUUUCUCUGUUCAUGAUGCAAAUAAUCAAUUUCAGAUUUUUUGUAAUUCUCCUGAUCUACCUGAUUGGUGGCUUACUAUUCCUCAAGUUUGUCCGCAAGGCUGAGGGCUCUGAGGUCAUACCCAACAUUGAGUUUUGGAAAGAUUUUCCAUCCCUUGUCAAGGUUUGCUUAUUAAAAUCUUUUUCAGUGAAUAAUUUGCAUAAAGUGUCAUGUCUAAUAAUGUGUAUGUCCUUGUAAUAAAGUUUUGUUGGAAAAUGAUAACCAAAUUAUAUUUUUCUUAACAGGAUGGUAUCAUGUUUACAUUCCGAGGCUGUAAGGCAGACACCACCUAUGAAAAAAUCUGAAAUCUAAGAGAAGGAACUGUAAUUCACCCAAUAAGAUUGAUCUUUGCAUAAAAUUUAAGUCAGAAACAAUGACAUAAUAAAAUAGUAAAGGACUAAUAAUGCACUAAUCUCCCCUGCUAUUGAAAAGGGUGAAAUUUACUGAAAACUUAUUCAUCUUUUUUUAGUUUAACAAUAAAAAAUCAGUGAAAGUUUCCAGAAGUCACCAAAGCACUUCAUGGCUCUUAUUUGAAAUGUUUGAGAUGUUAUCAUUCUAUAAAUUAUAUUAAGCCCCUUUUCAAGAAUUUAACUUGAGGAAUAAUAACCGAUUCUUCAAGGAUUUUUGUCAUUAGUAGUGAAAAGAUAUUAGUUUUAAGGAACGUUCUUAUUUAAUUAACACAUGGCAAUACACUUGAUGAUUAAUAUACAUUUUUGAAUGGCACAAGACCGUAAGCUAAAACUAUGCAAUUAAUUUAAAUGGACUGUGUGAGCUUGAUUUGUGAUUGAAUUGUUGAUGUGAGAGAGUUGCUUGAAAUCUGACCUUUACAAAUUGGUUUAUUGGUAUAAACGUGUUGAAAUGUAUUGCAUAGUCUCCUUGAAAUGGUCUAUGUAUCAAGAGUAUGAACUGCUGUUGCAAACUGAAUUUAUCACUCUUGUGUUGACCAGUCACAUAUAGAAUAGCUUCUUCCACCGUCACAAUCAUAUGUGAUGAGCCUGGGACCUGGGCCUUUCCACCGGUUAACCCUUUGUGCAGCGGCUGCGUGUUAUGUCUGUCUCAAGGGUGCCCCACGUAAAUUUGGGCCACCUUUUAUACCAAUGUGCCAGAGAUUAUCCACAAGGCUGGAUGUUCAGACUAUAUAUAUGGGACGUUCCUUUUCAUCAAGCUAUAAUUUUAGCCAUGCUAUCCAGCACUUUUCCCAAACUUAUUUAGGGCUACUGUCCCUUAGAAAGGCAAUGGGAAGAUUAGCAACAUUGCCAAUUUGCAACUUUGAGCAGCAACUACUAAACCCUAAGUUUUUAGGUGCUUGCUUUCAUCAUUUAUAAUGAAACAGUUGCUUAAAAAAUAUUCCAGUAGCUCAGAAAUUUAACAUACCCAUAUAUGUGUCUUAAUUGAGAGAUUAAAAUAUGUUAGCUAUUCAUAGGCCUCGAAAUAGAUCAAUCGACCACACCUGAUUUUUGUUAAUUCAUUCUCAUUUAUACCGAUUCUACUUUUAUAUCGGUUAACAUUUUAAAGUACUUUUAUCUCAACUGUGGUAAGCUGAAAGAGAAAGAUAAAACAUAUUUACACUGAAUUAAGUCCCCUAUAGUUCAUAAUGCCUCAUUCAGACUUGGGAUAAUAUACUGAAAUGGAAAAGGGAAGCAAAUUUUAAAAAUAAUCAAUUUGGUCUAUUUCUUUUACAUUUGUUUUAUUUAAAAAUUGAUUUUAUCUAGUUGUUUAGGAGCUUUAUCUACUAUGAUAGAAUGUGGUCAUCCACAGUUGUUUGCAUGAUAGAAUGUGGUCAUCUACAUUUGUUUGUAUGAUAGAAUUUGGUCAUCUACAUUUGCUUGUAUAUUUGAAGGACGCCCUUUCUAGUGCAGUUGUUAGGAGUAAGAAUAUAUAUAUAUAUGAUCAUUAUUAAUGGAUUUUCAUUGCUCAUUUAAUAUGGACUAUUAAGUAAUAGCUAUAUAUAAGGUUACAGAACACCAGUCUGUAAUUACAUUAUAUAAUUACCAUGGCACAUCUUACAGUUUUCUCCAUUUCACAUUUCUUUUUAUGUGACAGCAAAUUAACAUUGAAUUUUGCUCUUUUCUAGAUCAGAUAUUAAAAUUAUCAUUUGCAAUGUAGAAUAAAGUUGACCAGCUCUUUCACUAAACUUAAUUUUUUAUUUUUUUUAUAACUUAUUUUAUUAUUUAUAAUGAUCUUUGAACUUUUUCUUCCUUUGUUUGCACUGAAAUAUUGCACAAAAUAUCAGCUGUUGUAUUUCUUGGUGCACACAAGAAUUCAUCUUUAAUGUGUUUUUUUUCUACAAGACUUUCUUUUAUUUAAUGAUAUUAUUAAGAUCUUCUUUUUAAUUAUUUCCAACUAAUUGAAUUGACUCAUGUUUUUAACAAGACCCCAGAUGAGAAUGACAAGUUUAAACGGUUUCUCUAUUCAGUAAUGUAUGCUUGCCUACACUAUGACUCGGUUCUGUUAGUGUAAUUAGGACACGCCCCAUUCCAUUCUGUGAACAUGACAUAUUACAAUGUAUUUGUGGCUACCCACAACAAUUAUCACUUAAUAUUGAUGUAUAAGUAUGUUUAGGGAAUAGACUGACACUUAAAAUUUAUGUAUAAGUCUGUUUAGAGAUUAGACUCAAUUUAAAUUUGUUUCAUGAUAAGAUCAUGGCAAUGAAGCAUAUAUUUUCUCAGCUCUUUAGUGUAGAAAAUAUAUUUAUAUCAACAAAUAAGUAAAAAAUUGGAAUCUUUGAAAUAACUUUGCCACAGAAUAAACAAUUUUCUGGAGUUAAUAAAUUGUUUCCCUCAUUGAGCAGAAAUAAGCAUGUUAAAAAAUAGUAUAAAUAUUCUAUUUAAGGCUGAUGUGAAUAUUUUGUUUUUUAACUGUAUGAUGGCUAAGCCCUUUUUUCCCCUUCAUUUAUACCAUUUUUGAAAUAAUAACUAUAAUGUCAGAUGACCAAAUACAUUUCCUUGUUUCAUUGCUGGGAAUAUCAUUGUAAACAAUUUUAAAAGAUUAAAUUUAUUCAGCAAUCUGAAUUUAGAGCUCUUAUGAUCCAGUAAAUUUAGUGCAUCAUUUUAAAAUUUAAAAACAUUUCAGUGCACACCUGGUUAACUGUGGCAGCUGCAUGUAUUUUUUGUGUAUGACUGUUUCCACACAAAUAUGGCAAGAUUAUUUAACUUAGGACAAUUAUAAAAUACCAAAAAUUCACUAUAUCUCAGUGUUUGCUUCUCAUACAACAAAUUCAUUAAUGCUGUGAACCAAACUUUUAUUUUUAGUCUUGGAAAUGUGUGUUAUUUUUAUUGAAGUUGAAGUUCUCAAAGAGGAUCUGUUUUGUAUGUUCUUGUACAAAGUUUUUUAUAGAUGACCUCCAACACCUUGAUCCAUGUUUUUGUUUUAUCACAUCAAGUCAGCUGCUUGCUGGGCUCUUGUGAUUUAAAGAUUAGCUGUGACAUCAAGGUUUUAUCAAAUGUCUGGACAGACAUCACAGGCUCAUGUAAAUGUUUGCUAACAUACAUUAAAACUGAUGCUGUCUGGACAGACAUCACAGGCACAUUUAAAUGUUUGCUAACAUACAUUAAAACUGAUGCUGUCUGAACAGACAUCAAAGGCACAUGCAUUCUUUGUAAGUCAAGCUUGUGUGUUUCUUUCAUGGAGAACACUGUAGCUUGAUUGAUAUUUUUUUAAAAACUUAACAAAGCAACCCACACACAACCAUUUGGGAACAUUGCACUAAUUAAUCAGUGCAUCAGUGCUUGUAUUGUCUUCUAACAAAUUUUAUGCCAUGUCCCAUUUCUCUAUGAUUUUGUUGGACCUUCAGUUUGGCCAUGUCGUGUGGGUUCACUUACAAUGCUUAAUUAAUGAAUGUGAAGAAAAAAGAUAAUGAAUUUAAUGGAAUCUCAGUCAUUGUUACUCUCUGAUUGCAAAUGUUUCUGCAUUCUGCAAAUUAACAUGUCCAUGUUUCUUUAUGCUGCAAAUUGACUGCAUCAAUAAUCUCAUCUCACUUUAACAAAUAGUUUGUACAGCUUUAAAGAUCUUUAUAGAGUUAUUGUUACUUGUUGAAUUCCUUUGCCUGAGUGUUAAUCUCUGCUCUAUAUCCCAAACUUGAAAUGUAUUACCAUUGACCAUGGACAGUAUUUUACAUUUUCAUUAAAAAAAAAACAUUUGCUGUCAA